AUGACUGCUGCGAUUGAGAAAAAGCCUUAUUUUGGGUUGACCGGGGGGUGGUUGGUUGUUUGGAUUACGGUAGCAUGUGCAACUGAUAUGAUGCUCUUCGGCUACGACCAAGGCGUGUUCAGCGGAGUGGUCGUUACACAAGACUUCCUGCAAGUCCACGAUCUGGUUGGCCCAUCCAAGACGCAAGUCCUCUCGACCGUCACCGCUAUUUAUGAUAUAGGAUGCUUCAUUGGCGCAAUCAUUGCAUUCAGUCUGGGCGAACGCUUUGGUCGAAAGAAAUCAGUCCUGUGUGGCUCAGCAAUUAUGUGUGUUGGUGUGAUUCUCCAGGCGAGCUCGUAUAGUCUGGCGCAGAUGUUUGUUGGACGGAUUGUCCUUGGUAUCGGAAAUGGUAUCAAUACCGCUACGGCCCCGAUCUGGCAAACUGAAACGGCACCAGCGCAGUGGAGAGGAAAACUUGUCAUUCUUGAAAUGGUGAUGAAUAUCUCUGGGUACAUGCUGGUUAAUUGGAUCAACUACGGCUUGUCCUUCCAUGGAGGUGCUGUUGCAUGGCGAUUCCCCAUCGCUUUCCAAUUCGUCUUUAUCUUCGUCCUCUUCUCAACCGUUCCAUGGCUUCCUGAAUCUCCAAGAUGGCUCCUAUCCCAUGGCCACGACACCGAAGCACUCCAAGUCCUUUCCUGCCUCGAAGCCAAACCCCUCAACGACCCAUACAUCUCCACCCAACGCAACGAAAUGGAAUACAGCAUCCAGUAUGAACGCGACAAUGCCGUCCCCUGGAGAGACCUCUUCACACGCAAGAAAACCAACGACACAAAAACCCUUCGCAGACUCAUCCUCGGCGCAGGGACGCAAUUCAUGCAGCAGUUCCAGGGAAUCAACAUCAUGUCGUACUAUAUGCCGACGGUGUUGAUUGAUGCGGUGGGAUUGUCGAAUAGUAUGUCCCGCUUGUUGACUGCAUGUAAUGCAACGUCGUAUUUUGUGUUUUCGUGUUUUGCUGUGCCGUUGGUGGAGAGGCUGGGGAGGAGGGGGUUGAUGCUUAUUUCGACGUGUGGGCAGUUGUUGUCGUUUUUGAUUAUCACUAUUUUGUUGAGGUUUUCUGAGAACCCAGGGAAUGGGGAUCGCAUUGCGUCGGCUUCGAUUGUGUUCUUCUUUUUAUACUAUAUUGCCUUUAGCUUUGGGAUGCUGGGGGUGCCGUGGUUAUAUCCAACUGAGAUCAGUUCGCUUCCAAUGAGGACGAAGGGGGCUUCUGUUGCGACAGCUACUAAUUGGAUUACGAAUUUUGUCAUUGUCGAAAUCACACCCAUUGGCAUCCAGAAUAUUGGCUGGAAAUUCUGGAUUGUCUGGACCGUUUUCAACGCUGUUUCUAUCCCGAUUAUAUACUGCUUCUAUCCAGAGACAGCAAACCGCACCCUCGAAGACCUGGAUGCAUACUACCGCACCAACCCUCCGCUGCUCGUCUUCAAAGACCCAGAUGCCAUUUCGACGAAGCGCCCGUUGAAGUAUAUUCAGCACGAGCAGGAGGAGCUGAACAAAAAUGCAAAUGAGAAGAGUGAUCUAUACAAAGCAGAAUCUCCGAUGGUGAAACAUGUUGAGUAGGAAAGGGACUCCCUUGAACACGUUCUAUUGCAGCUGAAUUAUCUACAUCAAAUAUAUCAACUUAUCAUCGAACUGAACCUGACGCGCAUCUGUAUACCGUCAAUUGGCUUGGGAAUGAAUCUUCGGCCCUAGCUGUACUUUCAGCAUCCAACAUACCUUCAAGAUAUGAUAAUGGUUAUCUCACAUUGUAGACCGGCUCCUUCACUUCAUAUUCCCCACUUGGCUUUAGGAUAGGUUCAUUAUUCGAGUCGCGUGCAAUCUCACCCAGUCCGGC